CUUCAGCUUCACUAUCAAGGGAGCAGCUGCUUUUCACUGAGAACAAUUUGGUCACUUAAGGGAAAUAGAUCACUGUGGUUUUAAUUUAUGCAGGUGUGGGUAGAAUUUGGUUCAAAUUUGACAGUUUGGUUCGACUUUUUGACUUUCUCUACAGUGAUGGCUGGUAGUGGAAGUCUUUGUACAGACAGACUUGUGGUUUUGUUUUGAUCGGCUUUGAUUUUCCAAUUGUCUGGUCUUUAGCAGUGAUUUUAAUAAGAGCUUUCUGUCUCUUUCCAAAGAUGCUGCUGAUAAGUUUGUCAGUCUAUUUUUAGGCAGGCUUCACAAAAUCCAUGUCCUAGUGAUUGUGGUGUUGUUUCCUCCCCCCCCCCCCCUUUGUUUAAAGCACUUAACGGUUUAGUUGGACACAAAAUACACUAAAUGCAGUGAAGUAAUCCAAUGUAGUAUUGAGAAAAAUCACUUCAAAAGCUGAAGCGUUUUGUUCAGGUAAUGAAAGAUGGAAGAAGACAUAAAAAGAGAUAUUUUAGCUUUAGAGAAUAACAAAAACCUAAACUAUAUCUUUGAAACUCACUGGAUUUUUCCAUGGUGUUGUCUAGGAGAAUUGCAGUCAGGCUCUUGGAGAUUCAUAUUUGAGAAAUGGUAUUGUGGCGUUCGUGCUUUUCAUGUUGCACCAUUCCUCAGUUCCUUAAAGCUUUGUCUGAGUCCUUUAACAACCCUUUCAAAGACUUAAUGGGAUGAAGUUAGUGUGGCUUCCUUCAGAUGUAGUUCAGACAAGCAGCUGGUGUUAAGGCCGGGUACUGUGCUACAAACGGGUGUUCAAAUGAGCACAGUAGCUGCCUUGUGAGUGUUGAGGCUUUUAUUGUUUCUGAAGUAGAUCAGUUGGAAAACAAGAAAGUAGGCUGAAAGCUGUAGCUUCUUGCUGCAGUGUGGUGUGUUCCCUAUGUGUGCUGUGUGAGCUUCUAGCUGCAGAGCAUGUGUUUUUCCCAGUGGUGUAGUGAGGUGAUUGAGGUCUGACUUAAGACUUAUUUAGACAAAGCAUUGCUUUUGGUCAUUUAUAAGGACUGAUUUUAAGAUCAGCUUUUUGAAGCAGCGCCUUUCUGCAGACUGUAAUGAGGAAAUAGCUGCCAUGGAGAGUUUAUGGGCCAGGGAGGAUUAGAAGUGUUAGUGUGUGAUUGUGUAGAACAAGGGACUUAAGGAUUUGAAAGGAUAUAAUUUUCUUCCCUAUUUGUUGUGGUCUGCCUUAAUUUCUCGUUCUCCAACAAAUUUUUCUUGAGGUUAGAUUAAGACUGUGUGUGACUGAAGGAAGGCUGAAGAUUUUUAAGUAAUACAGUUGCUCCAGAUUAAGUUUAGGAAAGGAUUCUGUUGCAUAAGUGUAACCUGAGGUUUCCCUCUUGCCGCCAGCUCCUCUAGUUGCAGUGGAAUGUCACUCUGAUCUUUUCCCAUUGGCGAGGGGUGUUUGUCCAGCUGUUUGGCUGUUCCAUAAAAGAUAGAGAUCAUUGGGCACAGUGCGCAUCGGUGAAGUGCCGCAGCAAAGAAAAAUGACACAGCGUCUUUAUUUCAUGAUCUUAUUUUUGUGUCUUGGAUUAAUGAAUCCAUUUGCAACUGGGAUUUUUAUGGACAAGCUUGCCAGCAAGAAGCUGUGUGCUGAUGACGACUGUGUCUACACCAUUUCCCUUGUCAGAGCAGAAGAGGAUUAUAACGCUCCAGACUGCAGAUUCAUUAAUAUUAAAAAAGGGCAGUUGAUUUAUGUUUACUCAAAACUAGUGAAAGAAAAAGAAUCUGGAGAAUUCUGGGCUGGAAGCGUUUAUGGAGAAGAGUAUGAAGACCAUAUGGGGACAGUUGGUUAUUUCCCUCGCAGUCUAGUCUCAGAACAACAUGUCUAUCAAGAAGCAAAUAAGACUGUUCCUACAACGGACAUUGAUUUCUUCUGUGAGUAGUGCUGAAGAUGGCUGAGCAAUCUCCAGGGUGCUAUCAAGAAAUGCCGACAAAGAAACUCGGAACCCUUCACUGAACAUCAACUUUAUUAUGUUUUAAUAAGUAAUUGUAAAAUAAGUCAUCUUUCAAGUGCAAAAGUUGAUUUAAAGGCAGUGAUUUGGCUGAGGAAAAUAGUCUUGUGGGAUUUAUUCUUCAGAAAUUAUUAUACCUGUGAAUGCUUCUAUGAGACUUUGCAUUAUUUUGAGUAGUACAGGUUAUAUGUAGAAUUAGAUGUGCCAUCUUGACCUGCAUUUUCCUUCCAUAACCUUAUACUACAUAUUAAAUAAACAUUGGAAAAGCCCUUCUUUUGUUGAGCAAA